AUUACGCAUAAGCAAUUACAAGAAAAUGUUAAUAAUAAGAGAUGGGGUAGCCCACCAUGGCUUACAUGAACCGGAUUAUGUUUCCAUAGCCUCACGAAUUCAACGUGAAACGGGCAUUCUCGUUUUGUAAUUUUAUGCAAUGUAAUGUAACAGGCACUGUCCUUUCUUCUGUGCCUGUGGAGUCGCCGUUAAAGCGCGUAAUUUAACUUGCGUGUGCUUUAACCUGAAGGUUGUUUAACUAAAGUGCCUUGAAGUGUGUGAAGCCUUCUACUUUUUUUACUUCAAAAAAAGAACCUUGGUUUCCGAGGGUGUUUGUUGUCACUGUUCAUUGAUGCGAAAGUUGCAAUAUUUUGGCUGAUUCAGCGUUUCAGAUGGCUUUUGGUGACUGAUUCUCCUUGCAAGUUGAGAAUUUGAGAUGAGCAGCCAAAAGGAUCGUCAUGAAGAAGAGAUGGGUACCUCAGAAACCACCGGUAAAGUGAUUGUGGUCGCAGUGAAAGCUUCUAGAGAUAUUUCAAGGACUGCUUUGGUGUGGGCUUUGACUCAUGUUGUUCAACCAGGGGAUUGCAUUAAGCUGUUGGUUCUCAUUCCGGCUCUUUCCUCAAGCAAGAGGGUAUGGGGACUUUCAAGAUUUACUACUGAUUGUGCCUCUAGUAAUUGGAGAUCUAGUUUAGGAACUGCUUCAGAUCAGAAAGAAGUUAUUACAAAUUCCUGUUCUCAGUUAGUGCUUCAACUCCAUGAUUUUUAUGAUCCAGAGAAGAUAAAAAUCAGAGUGAAGAUUCUUUCUGGUUCUUUAUGCGGAGCUGUGGCGGCUGAAGCUAAGAGAGUCCAGUCAAGCUGGGUUAUAUUGGACAAAAAAUUGAAACAUGAAAAGAAAUACUGCAUGGAGCAGCUGCAUUGCAAUAUUGUAAUUAUGAAGCGGUCUCGGCCAAAGAUUCUGCGCUUGAAUUUGAACAGUUCACCUAAGAUGGAACUAAACAUGGCUUGUCCAUUGACAUUUACAAGAAACUUCAAAGAAAAAUCAGAACAACGUCAAGAUAUAAUUAGAGGUCCAGCUGUUACUCCUGCUAGUAGUCCUGAACAAGGGUCACCACCAUUGACUGCAACUGAUAUUGGAACAUCAUCCAUAUCAAGCUCAGAUCCUGCAACUUCCCCAUUUUUCCACUCGGACAUUUAUGAAAGACAAAGGAGAGGUUUUGCUUUUGUUCAUGAGGGAUUGACUAAUCUGGAGGAAAUUGAGUCUGACUCAGAGAGCGAAAAGCUAAGUAUGUCAUCCAAGAGUUCAUAUUUUCAGCCAUGGAUUGCAAAUGUAAUUUGCAUGGAUGGUGAUUUCUCAAAACACGAGGACAACAUGCAGAGAUCCAAUGACAAGACUUUGGUUUCAGCCUAUGAAGCUUUGCUUCAGAAAUUCUCAAAGUUGGAUCAAGAUCCUAUCGUAGGAGUGCUCAACUGUAAAAUUGAUGUGAACUUGAGCAAAAGUGUUAGAGAAGCAAUUUCACUAGCUAAGAGUUCACCUCCUGGUCCUCCCCCAUUGUGUUCAAUUUGUCAGCACAAGGCACCUGUGUUUGGCAAUCCUCCAAGGUGGUUCACAUUUGCUGAAUUGCAACUUGCCACAGGUGGUUUUUCACAAGUAAACUUUUUGGCUGAAGGUGGUUUUGGUUCUGUACACCGUGGUGUCCUACCUGAUGGCCAAGUCAUUGCUGUCAAGCAGUAUAAAUUAGCCAGUACUCAAGGAGAUAAAGAGUUUUGCUCAGAAGUAGAGAUCUUAAGCUGUGCACAACAUCGAAAUGUUGUUAUGUUAAUUGGGUUCUGUGUGGAGGAUGGAAGAAGAUUACUAGUUUAUGAAUAUAUUUGCAAUGGCUCUCUGGAUUCUCAUCUCUACAGACGAAAGCAGAAUGUGUUGGAAUGGUCUGCACGGCAAAAAAUUGCAGUAGGGGCAGCUCGUGGUUUGAGAUACCUUCAUGAAGAAUGUAGAGUGGGUUGCAUUGUGCACCGUGACAUGCGGCCUAACAAUAUCCUCCUCACUCAUGAUUUUGAAGCUUUAGUGGGAGAUUUUGGACUUGCUAGAUGGCAGCCAGAUGGAGACAUGGGAGUGGAAACAAGGGUGAUAGGAACAUUUGGGUAUUUGGCGCCAGAAUAUGCUCAAAGUGGUCAAAUUACUGAAAAAGCUGACGUGUACUCGUUUGGGAUAGUACUACUGGAACUUGUCACAGGACGGAAAGCUGUGGAUAUAAACCGGCCCAAGGGCCAGCAAUGUCUAAGUGAAUGGGCACGCCCAUUGCUUGAGAAACAAGCCAUUUAUAAAUUAAUAGAUCCGAGCUUAAGGAACAGCUAUGUUGAUCAAGAGGUUUAUCGCAUGCUGCAAUGUUCCUCUUUGUGCAUUGGACGAGAUCCUCAUUUAAGGCCUCGAAUGUCUCAGGUGCUGAGGAUACUGGAAGGUGACAUUCUAAUGUGAUUGAUUGCUUAUAACAUUUCCAUUUCCCAAGAACAUUAGUGUAGAACUAGAAGAUAAAGAAGGCUAAUUAAUCAUGCGGAUAGCGAUGGCAGCAUUAUGACAAGACUUGUGAGGACAAGUUUAUGGAGAGUUGAGAAGUUUAAAGCUGGUUGCAGAUUCUACUGAAUUUUCUCUUUUGUAAACAGCUUCAAGUUUUUACUAAGAGUUUUAUGUCAGUAAUGUAAAUAUUAUGUUCGAUUUUGUGGAGGGGAAGGAGCAUAAUUUGGACUCGGGUUAAUUAUUUAGUUCAUUGUACAGAAAAAGAUUCCAGUUUUGGUUUACCCUUCGCAGUGUAACGAUAAUUUCCAAAUUUGUAAAAAAAAUCAACACGUGGUUGUGUUGUGGAUGAUAAAAUUUACUUUAUUUUAUUUUAACA